AUGGUAGUCCGCACAACUCAAGGCCACUCGAGUAGAAAAGUGUUUGACAUAAGGGACGGAUCCUUGUUAGGGAAUCUUCUCAGAGACUAUGUCAGGGCAUUAGAACUUUACCACAUUGACAUGGAGAGUGUGAGAGAAUCAGUAGCUCCUGUUUUCGCAUAUACAGGGCUUGUAACGCUGCAAGUCCUUGGGUUUUUAUGGAUAGUUUCGUGGGUUGAAGGCAUGAGUGGGGUGGGGCCUGCCCUUGGCUUGUCUUUCGGGGCGUUCCUCGUGAUGAUUAUGUUCUUCUUUGGAGCAGGAUACAUCUAUAAGGGGGUUCUCGGGAAAGGGGCUGACACGUCUUAUAUUUCAUAUGUAUACGUUGUUGCGCUUUCUGUUGUACACUAUCCAUAUCUUAUGUUUGUGGGGCUUCUGGCGAAGGGGAUAUGGAUGUUCCUCUGCAUGAUGGCCAUCUCUUCUAUCUCUCAGUUUCUUAUCAGGUCGUCAAUGCUAAGAAACCAUAGCUUUGAGAGCAACAGAGACAGAUUUAUGUUUGACAUCAGCACGUUUAUUCUCCAGUGUGGGUUUUGCUUUGGUAGUCUCUCUCUCUUUGCUUUCCUGUCGCCUACUAACUAA